UCGUCAAGAUGAACACUUGUUUUCUAAUGCUUAGUUUCUUUUGUUUCAUAAUGCAUUCGCAUAAAGUUUCGAGCAAUUCAAUAGAAAGAAUUAUCGGUGGCGUUGAUGCCACUAUCCAAUCAGCUCCUUAUCAACUACAAAUGAGAAUAAUAAAUAAUGAUAAUCAAUAUAUAUGCAGUGCUUCUAUAAUAAACAUUCAUUUGGCUGUGACAGCAGCUCAUUGUAUAAUGGCAGUCAAAGAUCCUCUUAAAGAAAUCAUCAUAAAAAGUGGAUGCUCUUUUCUUUAUGAUAAAUGCAAUGUUCAUAAUAUUAUCAGUUUUGUUAUACACGAAAAUUACAAUAGUAUUAUCAAUGACUAUGAUAUUGCUGUUAUCGAAGUAUCACCCAUAUUCACAUAUAAUCACUUUACGAAAGCAGUUGAUUUGGCAUUAGAUAAAAAUGUCUAUACAGAACGGGGAAAAGUUUGCGGUUGGGGAUACUAUUUGAAAAACAAUUAUGAUGAUGAUAUCAAUCCAGUUCUGGCCAACACUUUGCAGUGUAUCCAAAUACCAAAAAUAUCAAAAAGACAAUGCUCUGAAUAUUAUAAAUAUAGAUUUACAAUAACACGUCGAAUGUUAUGUUAUGGAUUUCAGAAUGGACAAAAAGAUUCUUGUAAUGGUGAUUCUGGAGCAGGAUUAGUUAAUGAGGAUAAUGUGCUACUUGGUAUAACUUCAUGGGGAGAUGGUUGUGGUGAAAUCAAUUCUCCUGGUGUAUACACUGAUGCUAUAUUUCUUGCACCUUGGAUUAAUAAUAUAAUUAAAAUAACUAAAGAUGCUCUGCUCUGCCAUUAUAUGAACAUCAUUUUAGACUAUAAUAUGUAUCAUCCAUCUUCAAGAUAA